CCCAGUUAGUGAGAAGAUGCUCUUCAGUUCGGUUUAACAUCCAACAAACUCGGCGCCUGUUAUCUACUUUUCUCAUCCAUCCAAGUAUUUCGGGCCGUCCUCUCAAAACGCGUCUGACUUUGAGUUGAUCUUAGCCGGCGGAGAGCCUGAGCAGUGUGUGUGUGAUCCACUUGUAUGGAAUUAUUAUUUUUUGAAUAAAUGUAGUAAUAAUAAUCUAUCGUGACAUCCGGAAUUAACCACAAUCUGUUAAAGGGUCUUCCGUCAUCUGGACCAACUGACACAUGUUCUAUAAUCGUCUUUUCCAUUGUGUCAGGACGUUAAUUCCUUGAAAUAAACGGCCGACGCGUUCAGUUUAAGCGACAGUGUGGACUCACUGUAAACCUCAGGUGAUUCACUGCAGCAUCAGUGCAAACAGAGAAUAUAAAGUAGAUGAAACCUCAACACUGUAUCAAAUGUGCAGAAUUAACUCCACUGCAGCAGCUAUAAUAAAAUGAUACUUACAAUAAUUAAUAAAUCAGGAACAAUAAUCCAAUCAUGUGAUUCUGUAUUAAUAUACUGACAGAGGCCGUUCUGCCUGUAUAGUUAGUACUUUAAGUCCAACAGCUGAUCAUGCUUGUGUACAGCAGUUUGAACACUUCAGUAUUUUAACAUUGUAGUAGUUAUAGUUUUACUGAAGUAUCUGAAUACUUCUUCUGCCACAGUCAAUCUGAAGAACGUGUUCCAGGUCUAACAAGGCGGUUCAGCUCCAGCGUAAAUAUAAACUCUGAUUUAUAAACCCGACCGAACUCGAUUUUCCAGAGAAGGAAGAACACAUGACUCCCUCCGCCAUCAGUCAGCCGACAGUUUCACUUCCCUCGUCUGAGAAAGAAGGAACAGCUUUCCAGUCUGUGUCCACCGUUUCACAUUUAAUCUUUGUUUAUCCAGUCGCUCGAUCCUCGUUCUCUCACUGUGAGCUUCACUCUGUUCCAGCUUCUUGAAUUUGUGGCUUUUGGUUUGUUUGUGAGGAAAAACAAGAGUCGUGGUGACGUCUUCAGAUUAUUACAGAGAUGAUGGACGAGAGGAAGAGUCGAGCCGUCGCGGCCGUGAUGUUUCUCCUCGCCGUGAGUUUGUCCGGUGGCGGCGGUACGUCCGGUUCGGACUGCGGCCCGUCCAACGUCGACACGAACGGCGCGGCGCGUUUACCGUCAGCCGUGGUCGACUCGCAGAGAGCCGAGCAGAGCCAGAGGCAGCACCUGGAAGCGCUGUUCAACAGAUACGGAGAAAACGGCACCAUCUCUCUGGCUGGUUUAAAGCGCCUCUUGCAGAAUGUGGGGUUGGAUCGCAUCAGGACCGUCAUGGUGCAGCAUCACGAGCAGCCAGGCCACCAUGACCAUGACCACCACCACCAACAUCAGCACCACGAAGGCCACCACCACCAUCACCACCACCAUCAUCUCCAUGACGACAGCUCUCAUCACCAGAAACAGGCUCACACUGAACCCUCGCCACCCAGCAAGUUUCCAAAGACCCCUGAAGUGUCCAAACAUCAGGACGGCCAUCACAACCUGCACGACAAGAGGAGCACAGUGUUGGCUCAGGAGGUCGACACCACGGCGGCGCACAGCGCCCAGCUGGUGGUGAAACCGGAAGAAGAAGAACCCACCAGGACAUCUGGCGCCAGACUGGUCACUGAAAGCCAGACACCGGCAGCUGCCGUCAGCCAGGGGGAUCUUCACGACCACGGCCACGAUCACGGCCACGAUCACGGUCAUGAUCACGGUCAUGAUCACGGCCACGAUCACGGCCACGAUCACGAUCACGACCACGACCAUGAUCACGGCCAUGACCACGACCACGACGAUCACAACGGCAGCACCGACAGUGUAGAGUGUCUGAGCGCCUCCAGCAUCCUCGCCUCACAUGGGAUGUCUCAGGAGGUGGGUGUGACCGUCGGUGACUUCAGCUUCCUCUGCCCCGCCCUCCUCAACCAGAUAGACGGCGGAGCGUGCAUCCUGCACGGGGACGCCGCGGGACACGGCGAGAGAGACCAUAAACACGGUCACCAUGGCGACCACAACAACUCGCACCACGACCACAGCGAGCGCUCGGGCGGAGAAAGCGGCAGAAGCAUCACAACAGCGUGGGUCGGCGGCUUCGUCUCCAUCACCAUCAUCAGCCUGCUCUCCCUGCUCGGCGUCGUCCUCAUCCCGCUCAUGAACAGGGUUUUCUUCAAGUUCCUCCUCAGCUUCCUGGUGGCGCUGGCGGUCGGCACGCUGAGCGGCGACGCCUUCCUUCAUCUCAUCCCUCACUCUCAGGGAGGCCACGAUCACCACCACCACGACGAGCCCGUGACGAACUUCUCGGAGGGACAUCACGUCCACGAGGAGGGAGAGGAAAACCUGGACGCUGUGUGGAAGGGCCUGACGGCUCUGUCUGGAGUCUACUUCAUGUUUCUAAUCGAGCACUUCCUGACGCUGGGAAAAAUGUACAAGGACAAGAAACAAAAGAUCCAGAAGAAGUGGGAUCAGAACGACAAAGCGGAUCCGGAGAAGCAGCCUGCUCUGGAGGAGAACGACCUGAAGCCAGCCGAAGAUGUGGAGACUAACGGCGGCGGGAUGUUUGGCGACCAUGCGGGCAGCCUGCAGGACGGCGUGGCAGAGGAGGAGCAGGUGAUGCUGGCGCCGCAGGUGUCCGUCGUCUCCCCGCAGGGUUACGGCGCCGCAUCGGGGGCUGUGGCCUACACCGCAGAGGACUGCGAGAACAAAUGCCACUCCCACUUCCAUGACACGGUGGGCCAGGCCGACAGCAUGCACCACCACCACCACGACUACCACCACAUCCUGCACCACCACCACUCCCAGAACCACCACCCUCACAGCCACUCCCACUCCUACUCGGAGCAGCACUUCCAGCAGGCCGGCGUGGCCACGCUCGCCUGGAUGGUCAUCAUGGGAGACGGACUGCACAACUUCAGCGACGGCCUGGCCAUCGGAGCUGCUUUCACUGAGGGUCUGUCCAGCGGUCUCAGCACCUCUGUGGCUGUUUUCUGUCACGAGCUGCCUCAUGAGUUAGGUGACUUUGCGGUGCUCCUGAAGGCCGGGAUGACGGUGCGUCAGGCCAUUCUGUACAACGUGUUGUCGGCCAUGAUGGCCUACUUGGGCAUGGUGACGGGCAUCUUGAUCGGACACUACGCGGAGAACAUCUCCAUGUGGAUAUUCGCGCUCACGGCGGGGCUCUUCAUGUAUGUGGCUCUGGUGGACAUGAUGCCUGAGAUGUUGCAUAACGACGCCGGGGACCACGGCUUCAGCCACUGCGGCUUCUUCCUGCUCCAGAACGCCGGCAUCCUGCUGGGCUUCUGCAUAAUGCUGCUAAUCGCCAUUUUUGAGCACAAAAUCCAGCUAGACCUGGGAUACUGAAGGAGCGGUGUUCAUCCUGAGCUUCAGGUGCACUUCAGUGUCUCUGUCACAAGUGUUUUAACGUAGUGUUAUAUCUGAUUUUGUCAUGAUUUUUUGUGGAAGUGUUUCUGUUGCUGAGUCAAACCAUUAGUGUUCCAGUAGAUCCCCAAAGUGCUCUAACCGCCCCACUGUUAGUACUAGUACUGGGUAACAGUUUCCAUUUUCAAGUCCUUUCUAUGAGUACUAAAAUACUAUAAUAAUCUUCUCAUUUGCUAAUAUAUGACUUGUUUUGUCCGACCAAAACCCAAAGAUAUUCAGAAAGACUCCCUGAACACUAAAUGUUCACAUUUUAGAAGCUGGAGUCUGUAAAUCUUUGUUUGUUUUUUUUUUACUUCGAGCUGAAGCCGUUAUAAUCUGCAACAACUCUUACCAAUCAUCAUCAAUCGUUCCACCUGUGGUACGUUCUGACAGUCGGUCCUGUGCACAGUAUUAGAGGAGCUCCCCCUUGUGAUUGUUAUGGCUCAUUGCAACAAAGACAGCUAUAGCAAUUAUUUGCUUCAGUUAUGUGAAAUGGCACUUAACAAUGUUUAUAGUCGGGGGGGCCUUAGAGAGUGUCACAUGAAAGUCAGAUCAAAUCAAGCGGCCUGAUCAAGGACCUCAGUAGUGGCAAUGAACUGUCGCUGUUGCCGGUGUGUGUUCUCUGUAAAGGAUUACUCUGUUUUGUUUUGAUUGGCCAAAAUGACCAAAAACCUUCAUAAUGUUAUAAAAGGACAAAAAGGCACAGUCCCGGCUUAGGCCUUAAACUGGAUCUUUGCAGUGAUAGUCGCUGAGAGUAGAAAGAAAAGCAGCCUCGGAUCCUCUUUUGUCUCUUUCGCUGGCUGAUGUGCUGUAGGACGCCUCAGCUCAGGUGCAGCUGAAGGUGAUGUUCGCCUGUUACAUUUUACCGCCCAUCAAACGUGCCAAUCCCCGCUGCUUGCUCAGGGGGCCUAGAUUUGCUUUCUCCCAGCGUUUUCUCAAAGCUUCUGAGUCGUGAUUGGCUGGACAAAAACGAGCUGCAGGCAGAUUUUAUUUCUGUUCAUUUGUGAGGCAGGAAAAUUAAUUAUUUUAAACUUCGCAUAAAAGUUUCCUCCUAAAAACGAUUAUCACUCCUGUGAAGCUUUUCGUGCUGCAGCGCUUCCCAACGUUUCGAUUUAUUCUGCAAUAUUCACAAGACGAAACUUUGGUGAAACUGACCAAGCUGUGGGUUCAUUUCCCCUCUAGAGGGCGAUGUGUCUUCUGCCUUACAGCCUAAACACUGGGCAGAUUCUGACCUGUGGGCUCUGUCAGGACCUGAACCCCAAACCCUCACAGUUCUGAUUCUGAUUAAGAAACACACACACACACACACACACAAGCUCCAAACUGCAACACAGCACACCUCGAUGUCGUCUUGAUGCAUCGGUGGUCGUCCGUCACCUGAAAUCUGGCAAACUAUGGCAACAAAAAGGGGGCACUCAGCAGGGACACUGUUUGCUAUAAUGUGCGUUUUUAAUUUGUUUUUAUGUUACUGUUACAGUCGAGGAGUUCGACGCCUUUAAAAGUGUCUUCGUUACAAUAAUCCUGCUGUUCAGUUUGAGUUGUCACGGACGUCAAACUGCAGAUGGUUCUGAGUUGAAAUGUUGAGGCGGCUCUGAUGUUUCGCUCCCUCAUUGGUCGUGAGCGAGGUCGGUCCAGACACGCCCCUCAUGUGUAUAUUACAUGUACAAUGUUCUACUGUGUGUAUAUAUUUAUGAACAAUUCUGUACAAGUAUGUGUUUCAUUAGUUUGUCUCAGUAUUGAACACAAAACAAAAAGAGUCCCAUCCAGAGAGCGUUCCAGCAGGAGGGAGGUGUUCUCUCGAAGUGUUGAAUGUGCUCAUGAAGGUGGCGCAGUCGCACGGCUCUGCGGUGGGCGCUCACACUCCAGGAUGUUUUUUACUGGGAAUGGUUUCGUUCGGUUGCAGAUUUGACUCAUUUUUCAGGUUGUAAUUUGUGGUCGUGUCAAACUAAAACCGGGAUCACCGGGGGCCCGGAAUGAGAACGAUGUAAUGAGACAGGACGAAGUCUGAAACAUCAGGACCACGUCUGCGUCCGGGUGGAAUCGUUUCUGACUCGAAGAACAAACGGCGAGUUGCAGAUCAGGUUGAUUUUCAGUGUAAAUUCAUCCAGACGACCUCGGAUCACAAACUUUAUUUACUGGGAUCGAUUCUCAAAUGUUUUGUGCCGUCUUGCUGCCAUCAGGGUGUGUGCCAUCUGAUUGGAUUAUGCCUCACAGUGAGGUCGUAUUUGCCAUGAGACCACAAACCCCUCGCUCUUAUUUUCACCUCCUGGAAGUUGAUCAGAUGUUGCGUUCGCUGACCUUUCUAAAUGUCGUAGCUCAUAGCAGUUGGUCACUGCUGCUCUUUUGAUCCCGUCAUGAUGUUUUCUUGUCACAGCUCAGCGACAGUCUUUUCAUGAGCUGAAACCUUGAAUAUGAAGCAUAUUUUAUAUUUUCUAUUCAACCCUGUGAGUUACAUUUGAAAGCAGCUCAAGUCGUUUUGUUAAGUAAUCCAUUUAGGAACUUUUCCUGUGUGACUGUAAAGGCAGUUCAUGUUUUUCUAAAUGCAAAUAUGCUCAUACAACACAGGAUAUUUGUAUAUUUUCUCCAGUUGUAAACCUUUCAACCACCCGGCCUCAAAGUACACAUUCAAACACUGACUCACAGCUUAAAAUGGUUUAAAACAGCGUUUCUGUUAUUUUGUCCACCUCUGUAUUGAAUCAGUGACUUCAGGCAGCUGUGAUGUUGACUCACUUUGCUCUUUGACAUUCCUGAACUCAAAUAAACUUUCACCUUCCACAACG